UCUCCAUUGAACAUUUCCCCCAACUAACGGGGAAGGAAAAGUGAGUGAAAAAGCUCUUAUGCUCGUCCGCUCUUACUUCUCCUCCUCCGCCACCACCAUGGCGCGUGCCCUGGUACGCGCCGCCUCCUCCCUCUCCUCCCUCCAGUCCCCUCCCCGUCCCCCCGCCCCGCUCCGCCCGCGGGCCUUCCACUAUGCCGCGUCGCCCCUGAAGAAAUCCGCGCUGUUGGGGCGGGGAACCGGAGGUCUCUGGAGAGGUGGGGAUGCCAGGGCCUUCGCUAGGGCGUCGGCGUCCCAGAGAGGGUACAGGAAGGCGAGGAGGCAGCUGCCGAAGAAGAGCAAGGAGAGGGAGUUGGAGCUCAGCGUCAGCAUUUGCAUCGAAGACGACCUACCUGAUGAUCCCGAGAUUCUGAGCAUUGCGGAUUUGCUUCGUGUUAAUGUUCCAAUGGCGAUGAAGUUGGCUUUUGAUGGAUUGAAAGAUUCGAACUACAAGACGAGGGACACUGCUAUACAGGAUGUCGGUGGUUAUCAAAGCGUUGAGCUGUCCGUACUUCUCUGCAACGACGAGUUCAUCCGUAAACUGAAUAAAGAGUGGAGGGAUGAAGACCAUGCCACCGACGUCCUGUCCAUGUCACAGCAUGUUCCUGAGCUGAAGCUCCCAAUUCUUAUGCUGGGUGAUAUAGUCAUAUCUGUCGAGACUGCAGCAAGACAAGCGGAAGAAAGAGGGCACACUCUCCUCGAUGAAAUACGGAUCCUUCUGGUUCAUGGAUUGUUACAUCUUUUGGGUUUUGACCAUGAGCUCAGUGAAGAGGCAGAAACAGAAAUGGAGAAAGAGGAGGAAAUUCUUUUGAAAAGUCUGGGGUGGAAAGGAAAAGGACUAAUUCAAAGUGCAUAUGAUUCCCAGAAUGAUAGAAGUCCAUAUAAGGAGAAUGCAACUGACAGGAAGAAAGAAGGCAGUCUUCGUUUCUAUAAACCGAAAUUCAGCUACAUCUUCUGCGACAUGGAUGGUACAUUAUUGAACAGCAAAAGUCAAAUUUCUUCAAUCACCGCAAAAGCCCUGAAGGAGGCUUUGUCGAGGGGUGUAAAAGUGGUCAUAGCCACUGGAAAGACUCGUCCAGCUGUAAUAAACAUCAUGAAGCCUGUGGAUUUAGCUGGAAGAGACGGAGUCAUUUCAGAGCUUUCACCUGGCGUCUUUGUACAGGGAUUGCUUGUUUAUGGUAGGCAGGGCCGAGAGAUUUUUAGGAGAAACUUGGAUCAAAGUGUCUGUAGAGAGGCUUUUUUGUACUCUCAAGAGCAAAAAGUUCCUCUUAUUGCAUUUUGUGAGGAUCGAUGCUUGACGCUUUUUGAACAUCCCCUUGUCAACUCGUUACACACUGUAUAUCAUGAGCCAAAGGCAGAAAUCAUGCCUUCAGUUGAGCGUCUCUUGGCUACUGCAGACAUCCAGAAGAUGAUCUUUCUAGAUACUUCUGAGGGAGUGGCCACAAAUUUGAGACCAUAUUGGUCAGAAGCUAUUGGAGAAAGAGCUAAUGUUGUCCAAGCUGUGCCUGAUAUGCUGGAAAUUGUUCCUCCAGGGACAUCCAAAGGGAGUGGUGUGAGAAUGCUUCUUGAUCACUUGGGUGCUAGUGCCGAGGAGAUAAUGGCCAUUGGCGAUGGGGAAAACGAUGUGGAGAUGCUUGAGUUGGCUUCUCUGGGGGUCGCCCUAAGCAACGGCUCAGAAAAAGCAAAAGCGGUGGCUAAUGUGAUAGGUAUUAGCAAUGAUGAAGAUGGGGCUGCUGAUGCCAUUUACCGGUAUGCAUUCUAAGUCUCCUAAAUCAUUGAGUUAGAAUAGAAAAAACAGAGAAUGCUUUAGGUUGCGAAUCACAGAGGAGAAGACGCAAUUGUUGUUUUCUGUGAACGCAUAAAAGUUGAGCUUUGAUUGGGGUCUGGACUCUGGAGCCUCUGCUGUUCACAUUGGACAGCGUAGGGUCUCGCUAAGGAUUCAGAUGCUUUAUGAUCAGAUCCAAGCUGGGAUUUUGAUUCUUUUAAAACGAGGGGAAUUGAAGGUUGUGUUGUUGGGAACUAUAAUAUAAUUAUGUCGACAGAGAUUUUUUCAAUUGGAGAAAAAGAAUGGGACCCGACCAAACCUAGUGGGUCGGGAGAGCAAGUGCAACGUCAAUUCAAUGGAAUAAUGAAACUUAAAAGCAAUUGAUUCAUUUAUCAUUUUUGCCA